GUUCCUCUCUGCAGUAGUUUGAAAAUGAACAUUCUAUGGAUUGUUGUGCUGCUGCUAAGUAAACUCUAUUUUAUUUCAGUAGAAAUCAUUACCUACAAGACGAAAUGGCCCUUUCACAUUCGUCGCCAAUUGUACGCCAAACCAACACGGUCGCCAAACUACUGUGACUCGCAGCUCUGCCCAAAGAACGUUCGACACCUGACCUGUGAUUUCCACUUUUGGAGUCCCAAGUGUGGGAAAAGCCACGAGGGCGUGAAACUCAGGAAGGGCAUGCAGAAUAUUAUUAACAUGCAAAACAAGGUGCGCCACAAGCUGAACAAAGGCCGAGUUGCAGGCCUUCCCCGCGCCCUAAACCUGCCAUUGCUAAGUUGGGACGACGAGCUGGCGAUCAUGGCCAUGCGGAUCACCAAUCAGUGCAAUGAGAAUCGAGUUAGCAAAUUCUGCGUUAACACAUUCCGAUUUCCCAAUGUGGCUGAGACUUCGGACUUUAUGGACUUCAAAAGGACUUCUGCCAAAGCGAUGAACUAUUUCAUUAAGAGAUGGGCUAACAAUUCCAUCCAUGUUAAACCCAAUCAUGUGAGUUCAUUUCCGGCGAAAGCCACUCGGGAAAUGCGAAUGUUUGCCAACAUGGCGUUCAGCGGCGCCGACAAGGUGGGCUGCGGCAUGCUGGACAGUGGAUCCAAACGCUUUGUCACGUGCAUCUACAACGGUAAAGUGAUGCCGGGAAUGCGCCUCUAUUUAACCAGACCUCCUUAAAUAUUAUAUCUAUAU